AAAACACAAUUUCAGUCCGACACCGCGAUCCGAACGAUCUUCAGCGAGUUUUUCCGCGCAAACACCUCGAUAGUUUUGUGAUGUGAAGUUUAUUUUUUUUUGCGAAACUCUUCAACGAUAACGAAGCAACGAAUUCGAGUCGAAACCUAUUGUUAUCGAUCAUAACGAACAGAUUUUUUUUUUAUUUUCGGUGAAAAUCGAACGCACGCACGAUCAAAUCGACCAAACGACGCAUCGACGAAACGGAACAUAGCACGCAACUUCGUUGUUCGGUGGUUAGUGAAACAAGGGUUUAUCAGUGUGGUGUGGUGUACACGUUUCGAUCCCGAAAAAAUGUAUUUUUAGCCAGCCGGUAGAGGAAAACUCCAAGCUCAAGUGACAAUCGAGAAGAAAAAAAAAACGUCAUCGUCACUCGCUGCAACAACCAACGCAACGCAACGUCUAGAUCUAAAUCACCUUAACGCCUUCCAGUUUCGCUGGUUUACUCACGGGAUUUAGUGAACAGUGGUGGUGAGGAAAGUUUUGAAAACCGAAUGGGGAAAACUCUGAGAAGAAGAGUGUUUGAAGUGGCGGGGAAAAUUUGUGAGGGGAAAAUUGAGUGUUAAUUGUUUGUGAACCACGAAAAUUAUGUGUCCUUAGUGUGAAUUUGCUGUCUUUAGGAUCAAUGUGGUAAAAAGUUGAAGAGAUUUAAGGGGAGGAAAAGCAGACAACAGGUGCAAUUAGUAUAAAUUUGUGAAGAGAGGAAGAACUAAAUAGAAGACCUAGUGAUUGCCGUUAGACCAAUUAGUAGAAUUUGUGGGAAAUUGAGAAAAAAAUUCCACCAUUUUAACGGUCUGAAAGCUAGAAAAGAGUGAUAUGGAGAUCGUGUCAAUUAAGUGCCGUCGGUUUUUGGUUCUUUUUAGUUUCAUUUUUUUCUGUUCCACGCAAGUUUCCGUCGACGGCCCAAAAAAUGUUAGCUAUGCGUCGUGAAAGUGACCAACUGUACACCGGCAGCUCCACGAGUAGUAGUAGUACCAGCAACUACAACCACCAACUGUUGAUUCCGUCCCACGGUACUAGCAGCAGCAGUACUAGUGCCAGUACCAACAACAACAACCAAAGUGCUAAUUCGACCGCCACCAGUAAUAGUGCAUUAUCGUUGAACAACAACAACCUCAAUAACGGCAACAGCAACAAUCAACUCCUCGGAGCGAGUAGUGUUAACCCUGUCAGUGUUGCCAACUCCGCAGCUGCUAGUGCAGUGAUCAACCCAAGUGCUUCCGAAUCGGGUGCAAGUUCUGGGACGCCUUAUCAUCACCAUUUGCAUCACCACCACUACCACCAGGGGCAGCAUCAGCAGCAUCACCACCACCACCAUCAUCUUGGGCCGUCGGCUUUCAACGGAGGAAGUUCCGGUGGUGCUGGUUACGGUGGAGGAAGCUACGGCAGUGGUUACGGAUCGGGAACUUCCAACCGCACCAACCCGAACGCCAGCCUCGACGAGUACGUGGACAUUCUGCAGGUGCAGCAGCUCCUCCUAGAAAACUCCUCCAACUCAACGCCUCCCGUUGGACCCCCAGCACCGUCCGCCCCUGCUCCACCGAGCCUAACCUCGACGAACGGCUGCAGCAUCUCCAGCUCCACCACCACGACCCUGUCCACGGCCAUCGGUGGAACAUCGUCGACCGCGUCGACGGCCAAAAACCGACCCAAAGUCAACGUGCAAAAAGCUUCCGAGUACUCGACGGCAGCGAAUCAGCUCCAAGGCGAGUCCCCGUCCAAGCGGCUGCUUUUCGAUUAUCCCAGCCCAUACUUGUAUGGUAAUUAUCAUCCGUCGCCGAGUGACGAUCUGGUCGCUUUAUGGUUUGGAAGUAACGGAACAGUUAACCUCGCGAAACUCAAAGUUUGGUCGUAGCAGCCGGUUGGCAUCACCCAACUGUGGUACGGCCGGCCAGCAGCAGCAGUGCCCGGUGAAAUUGGUGUGACUUUGAACGCGAAAAUUGCCUUCUGAUCGAUGGUGACACUUUGCGGCAGUCGGCGGCAGCGCUCCGUUUGACAUCU